AUGGUAAAUAUUGGAUUGUAGAUGUUCAUUGCAUUCCCAGCACAAUCAAGACGUUAUUUGUGCCAUCGGAAAGUCUGACGUGACUGUGGUUUGUGGGUGGACUCUGCUGCUGGUGUGAAGUUUGGUGUGAGGUUUCACUUUCAACCUGGACUGACGAUGAGCGUUUAAAGCACAACAUGCUUAUCAGAGUAUGGUUCACAUCGGUUCUGCUCAUGUUCAGUGGUGUGUUUGGUGGAGGGAUGGAUGAAACUGAAACGAUAUUAGUGAUGAAGGGAGACUCGGUAUCUUUACAUACUGGACUUAGUGAAGUGAACAGAGAGAUGCAGAUAAUGUGGAUGUUUGGACCUGAGAAAGCCAACACUCUCAUUGCUGAAAUCCACAGCAUGAUCGUCUCUAUAUAUGACAGUUAUGAAGAACUGAAAGACCGAGUGCAGAUGAGCCAGACGACUGGAUCUCUCACUAUCAGAAACACCUCAAACAGUCACUCAGGACUCUACGAGGCGCAGAUCAUGACCACGGCGACUGCAUUUAAAAGAUUUCAUGUCAUCGUUCACGCACCGGUCUCAUUUCCUGUUAUUGAGAACGGCUCACUUGUCAGUGAAUGUCAGAUGAAUGAUGGAGGUUUUCCCUGUGCUGUGUUGUGCUCAGUUGAGAACGGACCCGGCGUCUCUCUAUCGUGGUAUAAAGAUGGUAAAAGACUGAAUCAGACCAGCAGUCCUGACCUCAACAUCCCUCUGUCGGUCCUGCUGGAGAUAAAAGAGAGAGGUGAAGAUGUGUAUCAGUGUGUGGCUGCUAACCCCAUCAGCAACAAGACGACACCAUUCAGCUUUCAGGAACACUGUCCACAACACACAGAUUCCAGUCACUUUUGUGGUUCCACUGAAAUCGUGAUCCGAUUGGUCGUCUCCGUGCUGAUGGGUGUGGCUACUGUUGCUAUGGUGAUUUAUGAUGUCAGAUCUGGAGGAGGAGUCAACGAGCUGUUCCAGUGCUAAAAUAAAUACCGUAGCUGACCAAAUUAACGUGACUCACAGUAGCAUAUCUGUGUUUGUGGUUCACGUAUGAAUGAAUGAAAGCUGUGCUAGUCAAUCAAAUGUUGUUUACAGUGCUCUAAACUAAUACAUCUGCUAAAUGUUGAGAAUGCUGACAUGAUUCAUAACAUGAUUAAAGCAAAUACUG